AUGCCAUCUCGCUGGGCAGACACCGAAGAAGAUGCGGCCGAGGAUGCGCGACGGAAGGCUGAGAAGGAAGAGAAGAAGCGACUGAAGGCCGAGAAACAGCGCAAAGCAGAAGAAGCACAAGUUGCACAACGAGCAGCUGCAGCACAAGCGAAUGGACAUGCGCGAGAAGAUGGUGACGAGCGACCGAGCAAACGACGGCGAAUAUCACAGGAAGAUCGAGGCAAUGCACUACAACAUGCGCCAGCACUUGCGCGGAAGUUGCUGCGGUUCAAUGCGCCGACAUGGCAGCCAUGCCGCUCUGUAGAACGAUUCGACCGACUGAACCACAUCGAAGAAGGGAGUUACGGCUAUGUGUCAAGAGCGAGCGAGGAAGCGACGGGUGAGAUCGUGGCCAUCAAGAAGCUGAAGCUCAACCCUGCGACAGAUGGCGGCUUCUCCGUCACAGCACUACGCGAGAUACAAUGCCUCAACGCCGUCAAGCAUCGGCACAUUGUGGAGCUGCGCGAAGUCGUCGCAGGGCAAGGCGACAGUCGAGGCGAUGUAUACCUGGUCAUGGAGCUCCUCGAGCAUGACCUCAAGACGCUGCAGGAAGAGAUGGAGGAGCCAUUCUUGCCGUCUGAGAUCAAAACACUGCUGUUACAGCUUGGCAGCGCGGUCGAGUUCUUGCACGACCAUUGGAUCCUGCAUCGAGAUUUGAAGACCAGUAACAUCCUCAUGAACAACCGCGGAGAGAUCAAGCUCGCGGACUUCGGCAUGGCACGAUUCUGCGGAGAUCCUCCCCCACAGAAUCUUACCCAACUAGUGGUGACGUUGUGGUAUCGCUCACCAGAGCUACUGCUGGGAGCUACCACAUACGAUGCAGCGAUCGACAUGUGGAGCAUUGGUUGCAUCUUUGGCGAGCUGCUCACAAAACAUCCUCUCCUUCAAGGCAAGAACGAGGUAGACCAACUUAGUAAGACAUUCGAGCUCUGCGGUAUACCUACCGAGGAGACAUGGCCCGGCUUCAAGCGCCUACCCAACGCACGAUCGAUGCGUCUACCGUCAAACAGCAAGUCCGCCACAGGCUCGAUCAUACGGUCCAAGUUCCCGACUUUGACAAACGGCGGUGCAAGUCUGAUGAACAGUCUGCUCAGUUUGGACCCAUCGAAGCGGCCUAGUGCCAAGGAGAUGCUGGAACAUGCCUACUUCCGCGAGGACCCACGUCCCAAGCCGGCAGCAAUGUUUCCUACUUUUCCUUCGAAAGCAGGUCAAGAGAAACGGAAGCGACGUGCAAGUCCAAACGCCCCAAUCCGUGGCGCUGCUCCUGGCUUGCAAGUCGACGUGGACUUCAAUUCAAUCUUCAAGGGUCGCGAGGAGGAAGAGAAGGGUGGUGGCUUCCAGCUUAAGCUGGUCUAA